AUGUCUCCCAAAAGGCAUCUCUCUUCCACCCUCUCAAAUACUUCCGGGAUGUCUUCUCCAAACCCUCCGUCUUCUAAAGAGCUUCGCAGUACAAUCCCGAAGAGAGCCUCACCGUCUGCGCAGACUGUUUUUAAUACAAUCGUCCGACAAAUUCCCACAAUCACAGCUUUUACCGAGAUUGUCUACGAAGACGUCGCCCCCGUGGACGGGGAUUUUAUUACUCGCUCGCUUGCCGAGUCGGCCGUCGUCGAGCAGCAUAACGCAAGGAUCAAUUUCAACUCUGUAACCAAAACAUUGUGGGUGAGAGUAAUGCCGACGGAGCUACACGAUGUACAUCAGAGAUGGGUGCGCUUCAGUUCUUCCGACUGGCGCGCCAGCGGUCUCCUCAGCCAUCCGGAAAAUGAGCUUCUGGACAUUGGGGUUGGGACUAGGUUUGACGGUUUUACCGGCCAAUAUACGUUGUCUUCGAAAGAACCAGAUCUGUUUUUACGGCCUGAUUCAAACGAGUUUCCUCUAAUUGUCAUGGAAAGCGGAUGGUCCGAAUCAUGGCCACGUUUACGCUCCGACAAAGACUUAUGGUUGAACGGAUCUAGUCAGGUGAACGCCGUCGUCUUGCUCAAGUGGUCUAAGACCUCCAACAACAGAGUGAAGGGUACCGCUGAAGUUUGGCGCAGAGGUGCCGGCGGUGGUCUUACUGUGGAUACAAAGAUUAUAUUCCCUGCACCUAAUCCUGCGCCCACCCCCGGCACUGAUAGUAUCGAGUUCAGUAGACAGGAUCUCUUUGGUCAACACAUGCUUCCGGGAAGGAACCCCACCGAUAUGUUCCCGUUAGAGAUAGAGGACUUGCGCGAUUUUGCUCGAGAGCGGCUGACGCGGUUAAUGGGACUUACUCCGGCCUGA